GUAGUACCCGAAGUUUUUGAUCAGAACGGCGCUUCAUAAUUUUCGAAAAUAAGCUUCGAUUGUUUUUUUACCAUAUAUGGUUCCUGCGUGUUGCCAAAAAAAAAAAAUUUCAAAAUUAGGAUUGGUCUAUAAAAUAGCAGAAGGAACCUAGCUUGUAUUAAACUCUCAUAAUAAAAAUGUCUAUUUUUAAAUCUUUUGGUCUUUUUCGAAAAACAGAACCUAAAUUUUUCAACAUAUUACGAUUGUUGACUGCUCUCGUCUUUACAUGUGCUCUUGGGUAUUAUGUUUGGAUUUCACUUAACAAAUUCGUUUCCGAAAUUAAUCCUAUAUCUUUAACAUAUCCAAAGUUUCAUAUUUGCCCAAAAACUUUAAGCGACGAUAAUAAUUCAAUAGCAAGAAUAUCAUUAUACAAUUUAUACCAUAAUAGAUCAGAUUCUCAUUGGUAUAUUAUUAUUCCUAAUAAUUAUUCGGUCAAUGAUGACAAUAAACUUAUGACCAAAUUUUAUCCGAACAUGACUAACAAUUUAUACAACAACAGUGUUAUUAAUGGUAUUAAUGGUAGUGAUGAUAAUCGUUGUAUGGAAUUUGCAUUUAGAAAUGACUACAUCAAAAAUCCCAAAGGACAUCAUAAGAACGCUCUCCUCUUUAUUAUUACUUUGGAUAAUUCUUCAAUUUAUAAUUACUUCGAAAUUAUUUUUGAAUCAUUUUACAUUACAACAAAAGUUACGAAAUCACUUAGUGAUGAUGAACAAGAUAUUAAUGAGGUGAAAUUAAGUCAAAAUCAAUACUUUAUUACUCCAGGACGAUUUCAUAUGUGUACUUUUUAUUUCAAAAGUGCGAAAUAUUAUUCUACAUCUCUUUCUGGUCUUCUUGGUUUUGAUGCAGAUCAAGAUGAAAUGGAUAUUGUAAUAGAAGAUAAUAUACUCUCUCAAUUGCCAAAUACUUUCAAUACUGUGUUAGAAUUGACAUAUAAAUAUGAUUUCAUAGUUAAUGAUGAUGUUAAGACAUUUGAAAAUAAUGUUAUAAAACUUAUAUCAAGUUUUGGUGGUUUUUAUAGUGCUAUAAGCGGAGUAUUUAUUUUACUAUUUGGCGCUUCAAAACUUUCUCCAUGGGGAAUUUGUCAAAUGUACUUGUUACGUUGUUGGCCAUGUCGUCGGAGUUUUAAAAAACAUUUGGCAAAUAGAUACGUUUCUCGUGCAGGAAUACCAUUAGCAGAUGAUCCAUGUAGUCUACCAGAGGGUGGUAGAAUCGAAGAUAGAGUAGCCGUAUUGGAAAUUUUGUUAAAAGAGUAUUACAUUGAUAAUUAUUAUCUAGAUGAUUUAAGAAAAACACAUGAAAGAUAUUUUAAAAAUACAAAUACUAAGAAAUGAAAAUGUAUGAUAAUAUACGUUUAUAAGAAGCUAAAAUUUAACCAUUAAAUUGUUUCUUUUUUCUUUUCUUGUAGUAACCGGGUUUAACUUAAACUACUUUAAUAAUUAGGAAAUUAUUAUCUGUUAUCAAUUU